CCCGCUGCUUGCAGCCACCCGGCCGGGCCCGGUCGCUGUGUGCUGGGGGGGAGGGGGCCGCACGGCCUCGUCCGAUCCGCGCCUCUCCGACACCCCGAGCCGAGGAGGGGAGGCGCCGCGGUCCGGGCAGCGCUGCGGACUCCCCCCUUUUGCGAGAACUCUGAAACACUCUCUGAUCUGCGCUUUGCUCCUCAUGUGUCAAUUCUGAUAUCAUCAAUUAUAGACAGGAGAAUUUGCAGAACCCUCAAUCAUGCAUUAAGUGUCAUGAGAAGUCUCAGGCAAUUCUGUAAUGUAAACUAUAUUGAAGAGUCAAAAGAGAGAAAAAUGAUGCAUCCUGUUGCCAGCAGUAAUACAGCUUUCUGUGGGACUGGCAAGAGUUCUUGCCUUAACGAAGACAGUGUGAGAUCCACUGAUCAGUUUGACUUAUAUUCUACACAGCAAAGCAAAUACAGCCACACAGUCAGCCACAAACCAAUUGCAUGCCAGAGACAAGACACGUUAAAUGAAACACACUUGCAGGCCACAAGUGGCAGGAAUAUAGAGACAAAAGAUGAACUAAAGAAAAAGAAAAACCUCAACCGAUCUGGUAAACGUGGAAGGCCAUCGGGGACCACAAAAUCAGCCGGGUACCGAACCAGCACAGGUCGACCUCUUGGGACCACCAAAGCAGCUGGAUUUAAAACAAGUCCAGGCAGACCCUUGGGUACAACUAAAGCUGCAGGAUACAAAGUCAGCCCAGGCAGACCUCCAGGUAGCAUUAAAGCUCUAUCACGGCUUGCAAAUCUAAGUUAUACUUGUGGCAGUGCAGCUUUUCCCUAUCCUAUGGUGCAUAACAGAGGAGUACAUGCUGCUGGUGAAACUAGUAGCAAAGUCAAACAACCCAAUGAGUGAAAGAAAGGAAUUAGAUAGCAUUUCCUAAUUAAUCCUUUUUAAACUAAGUCUUGGCAUGUUUCUCACAUUUUUAUGUAAUAUUUCUAUAACUUUGGCUUUCCAAAUCUUAUUUUUUUGUUCAUAUGUCCAACGUGCAAUCCACUAUUUUUAAUGUAACAUGAAAGGGCAUAGGUAUUGCUUUUUUGUUUUUUACAUAGGUUUAUAAGUAAACUCUUAAAUUAUGCCCUUGUGUGUUUCCUUAAAAGUAAUAUUCAUAUCCUGAGCUUCACAAUUAUUGUCUGAAAAAUUUAAUUGUGUGAUUGUGCACCAAGAAAUUGAGAUAAGCAGGAAAACAUUAUCUGGCUGUUGGCUAUGAAGUGAGCCUAGGCCAUAAUAAAGAUCUUGUCCAGAAGAAUUUAUAACUGAUGAAACAAAACAAACAAUUCUGGACUAUUUUACAAGUGAGAAUCUGUUACAGUUUUGAUAUGCCUGUGGGUUUUGUGAAUAGAGAGCAAACUAAAUUUUCCACUUUUGCUAGACCUGAUACAGACCUCAAUUGUUCAUAAAUAUUUUGAAACUUUAAAAACUAUUUUUUUUUAAAAGUGCUAAUUUCAGGCAGUUUUUAUUUGCUCUAUUGUAGCAUUGGCAGGUCUCACUGAUGUUCCAAAAAUAUUUUUUGAAAAUGUGUAAUGAUGAUAAUAAACAGUUAUGCAGCGCUUUACAUCUUCAAAAGCGCCUUACAAACAUGAGCUAAUUUGCCUUUAGUUGAUGGCAGAUCUUGUAGUUAUGCUACUUACAGGAUCCUGCUGUAUAAUUUAAAAAAUGUCUGAGUGCAUAUAUCAAACUGCAAAUAAUUAAAAAUCUGAUAUUUUAUAAAUAAGUACAAAAUAAGUACUGUUAAUUCUAGUAACAAACUGAAUAGACAGUAAUAUUAAGCAGUACGUUCUUAAAUCUGUAAAUAGCUACAUAAACUGUUUUUUGCCUUCACAGUAUGUGCUUUAAUGGCAGCAGUUCAUAAGUUUUAAAGUACUAAUUUAAUAUGUUUAUAGAUUAAACUUUUUUACACUGUUGCCAGCCUUUCAGAUUUUGUUUUUCCAGAUGUUCCAGGAAUACAGUUAUCCCAUUGUUUAAUGUUUAUACUGUAUUUAAGUUAUGAAAGCUUAUAUAUCUACCAAAGGAUAACAUUUUCAUGAUUCAUAAUAGCAAACUGAAUAGCUGUUUCAAACAGGAUGCAGUUUACCAAAUUGCUAGACCCCAGAUAGAAAGCAUUUCGUAGGAAUUAAUCUAUGCAUGCAAGUUGAAAAGCUAUGUUGGUUAACUAUAAAUACCUUUUUCUGACUCAAACUGAGACCUGCAUCUAAGCAGUUCCAUUUUCAACUGGGUGUGUUUGGUUUAAAAAAGUGCAUGUGUGUGUAAUAUGUACACACCCGCCUAUACUUGGAAAAUAACAUUCCUCAAUAUUGCAUAUUGUUAUAUUUAUUCUAAAUAGCUCUUGCUAGAGUUAAAGCUUUUAAUUCUGGAAGAAAGUUUACAUAAAAAUUGUUUAAAAUAUAGUUUAAAAUUAUACUGAAUUUGUAGCUUCAAAUACCGGGGGGAGUUAUAAAAUGUUUGCAGGUUUUUGGGAAGAGAAGCUUUCAGGUUAAUUAAAGCUUUUGUUGAAAAUGAACAGUACCAAUACUUUUGUUGUAAGAUAAAGUCUGGCUUGCUGUAAUUUUGAUGAGAACUCUGAUUUCAGUAAUGACAACUUAAGAAACAGAUGUCAUGUUUCAUAC